UUGGAGAUGCAGACAAAAUAUCUUUGAUGAAAUGAAGAAGAAAUUUUCACAGAUAGAAAAUGCUGCUGAAGAACCUAGAGUCUUAUGUAUAAUACAAGAUACUACUAAUUCAAAGACAGUGAAUGAGCGGAUCACUUUAAAUUUACCAGCUUCUACUCCACUCAGAAAGCUCUUUGAAGAUGUGGCCAACAAAGUAGGCUACAUAAACGGAACCUUUGAUUUGAUGUGGGGCAACGGCAUCAGUACUGCUGAUAUGCCGCCAUUGGAUCACACCAGUGAGAAGUCUCUUCUUGAUGCUAGUUUUGAGGCAGGAAAGAAGAACUUUCUGCACUUGACAGAUAAAGAUGGUGAACAACCUCAAAUACUGUUGGAGGAUUCCAGUGCCGUGGAUGACAAUGUUCAUGACCGGUUUAUAGGUCCUCUUCCAAGAGAAGGUUCUGUGUGCUCUGCCAGCGAUUAUAUUAGCCAAAGCUACUCCUAUUCAUCUAUUUUGAAUAAAUCAGAAACUGGAUAUGUUGGCUUAGUAAAUCAAGCAAUGACUUGCUAUUUGAAUAGCCUUUUGCAAACACUAUUUAUGACUCCUGAAUUUAGGAAUGCAUUAUAUAAGUGGGAAUUUGAAGAAUCUGAAGAAGAUCCAGUGACAAGUAUCCCAUACCAACUUCAAAGGCUUUUUGUUUUGUUACAAACCAGCAAAAAGAGAGCAAUUGAAACCACAGAUGUUACAAGGAGCUUUGGAUGGGAUAGUAGUGAGGCGUGGCAGCAGCACGAUGUUCAGGAACUGUGCAGAGUCAUGUUCGACGCACUGGAACAGAAAUGGAAACAAACAGAACAGGCUGAUCUUAUAAAUGAACUAUAUCAAGGCAAGUUAAAGGACUACGUGAGAUGUCUGGAAUGUGGUUAUGAGGGCUGGAGAAUCGACACAUAUCUUGAUAUUCCAUUGGUCAUCCGACCGUAUGGGUCCAGCCAAGCAUUUGCUAGUGUGGAAGAAGCAUUGCAUGCAUUUAUUCAGCCAGAGAUCCUGGAUGGUCCAAAUCAGUAUUUUUGUGAACGGUGUAAGAAGAAAUGUGACGCACGAAAGGGCCUUCGGUUUUUGCAUUUUCCUUAUCUGCUUACUCUACAGUUGAAAAGAUUUGAUUUUGAUUAUACGACUAUGCAUAGGAUUAAAUUGAAUGAUCGGAUGACUUUUCCUGAGGAGCUGGAUAUGAGUACAUUCAUUGAUGUUGAAGAUGAGAAGUCUCCUCAGACUGAGAGUUGCACUGACAGUGGGGCAGAGAAUGAAGGCAGUUGUCACAGUGAUCAGAUGAGCAAUGAUUUCUCCAACGACGAUGGUGUGGAUGAAGGAAUCUGCCUGGAAAGCAACAGUGGAACCGAGAAGAUUUCCAAACCUGGCCUUGAAAAGAAUUCCUUGAUGUACGAGCUCUUCUCUGUCAUGGUUCAUUCGGGCAGUGCAGCUGGUGGUCAUUACUAUGCUUGUAUAAAGUCGUUCAGUGAUGAGCAGUGGUACAGCUUCAAUGACCAACAUGUCAGCAGGAUAACACAAGAAGACAUUAAGAAGACACAUGGUGGGUCGUCCGGGAGCAGAGGGUACUAUUCCAGUGCUUUUGCAAGCUCCACAAAUGCAUAUAUGCUGAUAUAUAGACUGAAAGACCCAGCAAGAAAUGCAAAAUUUUUAGAAGUGGAUGAAUACCCAGAACAUAUUAAAAAUCUGGUGCAAAAAGAGAGAGAGUUGGAAGAACAAGAAAAGAGGCAACGCGAAAUUGAGCGCAAUACAUGCAAGAUAAAACUAUUCUGUUUGCAUCCUGUGAAACAAGUAAUGAUGGAAAAUAAAUUGGAGGUUCAUAAGGAUAAGACCUUAAAAGAAGCAGUAGAAAUGGCUUAUAAGAUGAUGGAUUUAGACGAGAUCCUACCUGUGGAUUGCUGUCGUCUUGUUAAGUAUGAUGAGUUUCAUGAUUAUCUAGAAAGAUCAUAUGAAGGAGAAGAAGAUACGCCCAUGGGACUUCUACUCGGUGGAGUCAAGUCAACAUACAUGUUUGAUCUGCUAUUGGAGACAAGAAAGCCUGAUCAGGUUUUCCAGUCUUACAAACCUGGAGAAGUGAUGGUGAAAGUUCAUGUUGUUGACCUAAAGACCGAAUCGGUAGCAGUUCCUGUAACUGUUCGAGCUUACUUAAAUCAGACAAUUACAGAAUUCAAACAACUUAUUUCAAAGGCUAUCCAUUUACCUGCUGAAACCAUGAGAAUCGUGCUGGAACGCUGCUACAAUGAUUUGCGUCUUCUCAGUGUGCCCAGUAAAACUCUGAAAGCUGAAGGCUUUUUUAGAAGUAACAAGGUAUUUGUUGAAAGUUCCGAGACUUUGGACUACCAGAUGGCCUUUACAGACUCUCAUUUAUGGAAACUCUUGGAUCGGCAUGCCAAUACAAUCCGAUUAUUUGUUUUGUUACCUGAACAAUCCCCAGGAUCUUACUCCAAAAGGACAGCCUACCAGAAAGCUGCGGGUGAUUCUGGCAACGCAGAUGACGAGAGUGAACGAGUGAAAGGACCUGUGGGCAGCCUAAAGUCUGUGGAGGCCAUUUUAGAAGAAAGCACUGAAAAACUCAAAAGCUUGUCGUUGCAGCAGCAACAGGACGGAGAUACUGGGGACAGCAGCAAGAGCACCGAGACAAGUGACUUUGAAAACAUCGAGUCGCCUCUCAACGAGAGAGACUCGUCGGCAUCAGUGGACCAUAGAGAACUUGAGCAGCAUAUUCAGACUUCUGAUCCAGAAAAUUUCCAGUCUGAAGAGCGCUCAGACUCAGAUGUGAAUAAUGACAGGAGUACAAGUUCGGUGGACAGUGAUAUUCUUAGCUCCAGUCACAGCAGUGAUACUCUGUGCAAUGCAGACAAUGCGCAGAUGCCAUUGCCUAAUGGACUUGACUCGCAUAGUAUCACAAGUAGUAGAAGAACUAAAGCAAAUGAAGGGAAAAAAGAGACAUGGGAUACAGCAGAAGAAGACUCUGGAACAGAUAGUGAAUAUGAUGAGAGCGGCAAGAGUAGGGGAGAAACACAGUACAUGUAUUUCAAAGCAGAGCCCUAUGCUACAGAUGAAGGUUCUGGGGAAGGACAUAAAUGGUUAAUGGUGCAGGUGGAUAAAAGAAUUACUCUGGCUGCUUUCAAACACCAGUUGGAGCCCUUUGUGGGAGUGCUGUCCUCUCACUUCAAGGUCUUCCGAGUCUAUGCCAGCAAUCAGGAGUUUGAGAGCGUCCGGCUGAAUGAGACACUUUCAUCCUUCUCAGAUGACAAUAAGAUUACCAUUAGACUGGGGAGAGCACUGAAGAAAGGAGAAUACAGAGUUAAGGUGUACCAGCUCUUGGUCAAUGAGCAAGAGCCAUGCAAAUUUCUGCUAGAUGCUGUGUUUGCUAAAGGAAUGACCGUCCGGCAUUCAAAAGAGGAAUUAAUUCCUCAACUCAGGGAGCAAUGUGGUUUGGAGCUCAGUAUCGACAGGUUUCGUCUAAGGAAGAAAACAUGGAAGAAUCCUGGCACUGUCUUUUUGGAUUAUCAUGUUUAUGAAGAGGAUAUCAAUAUUUCCAGCAACUGGGAGGUCUUCCUUGAAGUCCUUGAUGGGGUAGAGAAGAUGAAGUCCAUGUCGCAGCUUGCAGUUCUGUCCAGGCGAUGGAGGCCUUCAGAGAUGAGGUUGGAUCCCUUCCAGGAAGUUGUGUUGGAAAGCAGUUGUGUUGAUGAAUUGCGAGAAAAGCUUAGUGAAAUCAGUGGAAUUCCUUUGGAAGAUAUUGAAUUUGCCAAGGGCAGAGGAACGUUUCCCUGCGAUAUUUCUGUGCUUGAUAUUCAUCAGGACCUGGACUGGAACCCUAAAGUGUCUACCCUGAAUGUCUGGCCUCUGUAUAUCUGUGAUGAUGGUGCCGUCAUAUUUUAUAGGGACAAAACAGAAGAAUUGAUGGAAUUGACAGAUGAGCAGAGAAAUGAACUGAUGAAAAAGGAAAGCAGUCGGCUCCAGAAGACUGGGCACCGCGUAACAUACUCCCCUCGUAAGGAGAAAGCACUCAAGAUCUAUCUGGAUGGCGCACCCAAUAAAGAGCCAGCUCAAGACUGACUGUGCUAGUGUGACAUUCUCCCUGGGGGCGUGGUUGGGAUUCGAUGGUUCACUACGGUUGUGUAGUGCGAUUCUGGCCGGACAUGGUUAGGGGUAACCCAGUGACACCAGCACUGAUUGGACUGCUCUUCACCAAUCAGAAGCUCAGUGCCCAGUGGGCCACUGUUUCAACUUGGAAUCAUGUUGUGCACUAUAGUCAAAUGUACUGUAAAGUGAAAAGGGAUGUGCAAAAAAAAAUUAUAAUAAUAACAAGGCAAAACCUGCAACUAGCAAAGGGGGAAUGAAUGGGAAUGAGUCAACUUCUUUUCUUGUGGACAAGUGUGCACCUAGCAGCUAGUAAGACUAGCCUCAACAGGAUGCUCAUAGCUUAAUAAUAAAGCUGUGCAAAGGCCAUGAAUGAAUGACCGUUCUGUUUCUUUCACUGAUACACACAUUACCUCAUUAACAACUCAUAAGUAAGUGCAACGUGUGCUGACUCUUGGAAAGCCGCAAAAUUAGGGGCCGAAGAAAGGAAUUCUCAGAGCCAGCGGUAACCCAGUAAGGAAUUAUGAAGCUAUGGGGUGGGGUUGGUUUUGUUUGUCUUGGGCAGUGUUAAGAACCUUAUUCUGGAACAUCAGAAUGCCUCCCUUAAACCAAUCCCAGCAGAGCGCAGCUCAGGUUGCUGCAGUAUUGUAAUUAUAAUGGAGUGUACUUAAGUUAUGGAUGUAGAGAAUACAUUUCAUGCCUUCAUUCAGCAUGUAAAUAAAAUUGAUCCUCUUGAGUUAUCCUAAUUGCAGUUGAACUAUUUUCCCCUGGUUACUUUUUCUACCUUCAUGACGCACCUCUGUGCACAUUGAAAAGUAUAGCAGUCUGUGUAAAUGUAAUCCUCAGAGAGGCUUCUCCGUGCUGGGGCCGUAAGAUUGUAUUUGCCCUUGUUAAUGAGGUUUUCGGUUCAGUGGCUUCAACUUUUUUUCCCCCCUUCUCCUUUUUGUACAUUUAUUUCUGAAGAUUUACUUCUUCAAGUUUGAAUCUUCUAGUGCUGUUGUAAGUCCACUUUAAUUUCUGGAGUUGCUUUGUAGUUACAUGCUGUUUAACUUUAGGGAAUCUCUUAGCAUUGUAAGAAUAAACAGGCUAGUAAGAUCAGGCCGGGGCACAGACUGGCCGUCAACGUGAUUUCAUGGCAAAGUCUUUUAGAAUCGGCAAGUUUCUGCUUUGCUAAAUAAGAACUCUUCAAUGAACACCACUCCGUAAAUUUUGGAAAUGCCACCUAAUUUAUAAAAAUCAAUAAAAAAGGUUUUGGUAAAACUUUUUUCAUGCCAGAUGCUGUUUACAACAAUGAACAUGCCAAUGAAACAUUUGUUGAUUCUGUUGUGUUAUUUUAGUCAUUAAACAUUUUUGGAUGGAGAAUCCGGGUUAAAGAUAGAUGUGUUUUCUUUCACUCUAGCCAUUUGUAACAUGUAUUGAUUAGUAGCUCAUUUCUAUUAAUGGUAUGUUUAUAGUAAAGUUCCCAUAAUAGAAAUGAAAAGAUAUUGCUGUAUAACUGUUGGAGACCUUGUCAAUAUGUCAAAAUCAAAUUCUUAUCCUUUUCAGAAAGAUAUAAUUAGAAAAUAGUACUAACAUAUAUUGGCUCUGUGGUUUGCAUAUAAUGAUUGAGAAUCCUAUCAUGUCUUAAAGUCUCAUGGAAUCCAUGGGAGGUGGGGGAGGGUAGGGGAGUUUUCUAAGGUAUUUUUCUGGCCAGUUUUUAUUCCAUGUAAAAUACGUAGCCAUCUGUUAAAUUUGGUUGAGGGACUGUUCUGAGCUUGCACGGGGGCCUUGGUGGUGGUCUCGGAGGGAAACUCCAGGCAUUUGUGAGGAAUUGUCUUUCGCAUCACUUGGGUUUUCUGAUGUAACAGGACAGCUGCGUGGUUCUGAUAUAGGCCUGCUUUCUUGACACACAGGCUGUCCGCUCACAGCACCUGGCUCCCUGCCUAGCAGAGGAGCCCAGCUUGUCAACAAACCAGGCUCCUGGGUGUUUUGGUUUGAUUUGGUGUUGUGGUGGUCCUCUGCCAGUAAAAUGGUGAAAUUCUCCUUGCGACUACUCCCCAUUCUGUGCCUUCUGCCCUCCGCUUGUAUUUGUAUUUGUUUGUGUGUUCUGUUUUGAAUUGCUGCUUCUAAUUGCCAGCAUAUUACAAAGUCCAAGUAGAGGAAGAGGAGACCCGUUUAAAAAAAGCCUCUUGCUUCCCAGGCUGUGGAGGCGUGAAAGCACAAGGCUGUGCGCUUCGUGUGUCAGGAAAGGGAGUGGCGAGACUCAGCAAAGCUGCAUUGUGGAGAGGCUACCUGGGUAGCAUCAGAGAAGCAAGGGGGCCAUCAAUAAGCCAAGAGGGUGGGUCCACUGGAGCACGGGGCAGUGGGCCUGGUGUCCCAUCUCAAGGUGCAGGCGGGCCAUGGGCAUGGCGGCCUGACCCCGUGCCCCACAGCUCCUGUGGUGGAUUUAAAGAGCUCCCACUGUGAGGCAGAUGUCCUUGUGCCCACCACGCACACCCUGUGAGAACCAAGCUCCCACAUCUCCCAGCGAGGGGCGCACACUGACCAGAGAAGCGAAACUGGUUUCUGGGCUAUACCAGGUGUACCUGACCUGCGGGGCUUGUUUGUUGAGGGACCUUGGUAAGAGCUAGUUAUCGAGAUACAAAGGGUAAAGGAGCCCUACACUGGACUCUGGAUGGUGAGUGCUUCUAUGACGUCAUUUCUUCUGUGAUGUACUGCACGAUUCUGAGCAAGGGGGCGUGAACUUGUAUUGAUGAGAAAAGAGUCGAACGGAAUAACUUGGUUUUCUGCAGCACUGUUAACACAUGGUAUUGUUUGACUCUGUAGGCCAAGAGCAGGAGAGGUCGAUUGUCAGACAAUGUUGAUCUAGAUGAAAUCAGGGCGCAGCACCACAGUGUUGUGACUAAGCCUGGAAGUGACCUAUGAAUGUACGGAAUACAAUAAAGUCUUUUAUUCUGGUUCAUGGA